AUGCACGAUUCCGGAACAGGAGGUAGCCCAUCACUUGGUAAUUUCGCAUUCUUUCCCUACGCAUCGUGCCCAGGCGAUGACUUGAAUCGAUGCGUGUAUCCGAAGAAGACCCGCAAAAUUCCAUACCAAGCAGAUUCGGUGAAAUCUACUCCCGGCUAUUUUGCCUUGACUCUGUCCAGUGGAGUCGCGGCGGACAUGACUACUGCUCAGCAUACAUCCUUGUUUCGUUUCAGAUUCCCAGCUAUUGGAAAUAACACCCAAAGUCCUCUCCUGCUGCUAGACCUCACAGACCUAGCGGACUCCCGUCAAGACAAUGCUACAAUCUCUGUUGACGCGAAGACUGGCCGCAUGACUGGCAGCGCCCGUUUCCUGCCAAGUUUUGGGUCUGGAAAUUGGGUUGCAUUUUUCUGCGCUGAUUUCAAGGGGGCUGAUAUCCGCGACAACGGAAUCUUCGUCAAUAGUCGCGCAAGCUCAGACGUCAAAGAUCUCAGGAUUUCUCGAUCCAUCAAUAAUUACCCUCUCCCAGGAGGAGGCUUCAUUCGUUUCACAUCCAAUCCCAUAGAGGGUGUCCUCGCGCGCAUUGCUGUUAGUCUCAUCAGCAGUGAGCAAGCAUGCAAUAGCGCUGAAUCCGAGAUACCAGAUUUCGAUUUCGCCUCCACUCAGAAGGCAGCGGAAGAUUCUUGGAGAGAGAAGCUCAAACCUAUCAGUAUCUCGACGACCGGGGUUAGCAAAUCAUUAAUUACUAACUUUUAUUCUGGCAUCUAUAGAACCAUGGUCAAUCCACAAAACUAUACCGGCGAGAACCCCAAAUGGUCGAGCACCGAGCCUUACUUCGACUCAUUCUAUUGCCUUUGGGACAGCUUCAGAUCUCAGUUACCAUUCCUCACGAUUCUUGACCCCAAUGGUAUUACCCAAAUGAUUCGCUCAUUGAUCGAUACGUACAAACACGAGGGGUGGUUACCUGACUGCCGCAUGUCCUUGUGCAAAGGCUUCACGCAAGGUGGUUCGAAUGCGGAUGUUAUACUUACGGACGGUUUCAUCAAAGGCCUUACGGGCGGGGUUGACUGGGAUAAAGGCUACGAAGCAGUUGUUAAAGACGCCGAGGUCGAGCCUUAUGAUUGGUCAAACGAAGGCCGCGGUGGCUUGGACAACUGGAAAUCGCUAGGUUAUAUUCCCACUCAGGACUUCGAUCACAAAGGCUUUGGAACAAUGACUCGAAGUGUUUCUCGCACUCUCGAAUACGCCUAUAACGACUUCUGUAUUGCGCAAAUGGCGAAAGGUCUUGGGGGUAAGGAGAAUGAUGUCGAGAAAUAUGUGGGUCGAAGUAGCAACUGGCGCAACUUAUACUUCAAGGAUCAAAAGUCUUUCCUUUUAACUGGGGGAGCUGAUACAGGGUUUACAGGUUUUUUUCAGGGGAAAUUCAUGAACGGGACAUGGUUUACGCAGGAUCCUUUGUGGUGUUCAAACAUCGAUCCGAACCCCAAUCGCGUGUGUUCGCUUCAGAAUACAGGUCAAGAAACGUUUGAAUCUAGUCUGUGGGAGUAUGGCUUCUAUGUACCCGGGGACCAAGCAGGUUUGAUAUCGCUAUAUGGUGGACCAUCUGCCUUCGUCAAAAGAUUGGAUUAUUUGCACGACUUCAACAUAACCUACAUCGGAAACGAGCCUUCCUUCCUCACCGUGUUCCAAUACCACUAUGCCGGACGCCCAGCGUUAUCCGCCCUCCGCAGCCACUUUUACAUUCCUCGUUUCUUCGCCCCAACCCACGACGGUUUGCCAGGAAAUGACGAUAGUGGUGCUAUGGGCUCAUUCGUUGCAAUGUCGAUGAUGGGGCUUUUCCCCAACCCCGGCCAAAAUGUCUACCUCAUCACUCCACCCUUCUUCGAAUCUGUUUCCAUCAAAUCGCCUCUCACGGGUAAAACCGCCAUUAUCCGCAACGUAAACUAUGAUCCGACAUACCAGACUAUCUACAUUCAGAGCGCCACGCUGAAUGGCGAACCGUAUACUAAGAAUUGGAUCGAUCACUCUUUCUUUACGGAAGGCAAGGAGCUCGUGCUUACAUUAGGAAGAAAUGAGAGUUCUUGGGGGACAAAGGUUGAGGAUUUGCCGCCCAGCCUGAGUGAGUAUGUAGGGUUUAAUGGGACUGUGAACGGGACGGUUGUGGCGAAGUUCCGGAGGUGGGAAGCGGGGAGAGCAAGGAUCGGUAGUGCCCUUGGGCAUCAUAACGAAGAAUGA